GUAGUGCGCACGCGCACCGGGCUCGUCCGCGAUUGGCUUCUCCGAGGCGGGAGCCUUGAGCUUCUCCGGUGGCGAGGGGAGCGCUGGUUACCAGAAGUGCUUCUUUGCAGGGCCAGUGGUUUCUGUCAGAUUUUCGCCGGUCACCACUGCUGAAUAUGAGACGAUCUGCAGCGCCAAGUCAGUUGCAGGGAAAUUCCUUCAAAAAACCAAAAUUUAUACCUCCAGGAAGAAGUAAUCCAGGUCUGAAUGAAGAGAUUACAAAACUGAAUCCAGAUAUAAAACUAUUUGAGGGUGCUGCAAAUAAUAACACCUUUCUCCGAUCACAAAGUGAUCCUAGAAUAUGCAGUUUAAAUCUGCCUAAUGAAGAAAGUACUAGAGAAAUUAAUUACACAGAUGAUUGCAGUGGAAAAUACUGUUUUGAAGCACCUACACUGGCAACAUUAGAUCCACCUCAUACAGUGCAAACUUGGAUGAGGAGGCACAGGCUGGUACCAGUUCACUACAGGUAAUGUUGGAUCACCAUCCUGUUGCUAUUACAGUGGAGGUGAAGCAAGAAGAAGACAUUAAACCACCUCCUCCACUGGUUUUAAAUUCUCAACAGAGUGAUACUUUAGAGCAAAGAGAAGAACAUGAAUUAGUACAUGUUAUGGAAAGAUCCUUGUCGCCUUCACUUUCCUCUGUUGAUAUGAGAAUGACAUCGUCUCCAUCUUCUAUUCCAAGGAGAGAUGAUUUUUUUCGGCAUGAGAGUGGUGAACACUUUAGGUCACUAUUAGGGUAUGAUCCUCAGAUCCUGCAAAUGUUGAAAGAGGAGCAUCAGAUAAUUUUAGAAAAUCAAAAAAAUUUUGGAUUGUAUGUUCAGGAGAAGAGGGAUGGAUUGAAAAGAAGGCAGCAGCUAGAGGAAGAGCUACUAAGAGCAAAAAUUGAAGUGGAGAAGCUGAAAGCAAUUCGCUUACGGCAUGAUCUACCUGAAUAUAACAGUCUCUAAGUUUUUUUUCCAAUCUUGCAAUUUGAUAAUUUUGAUUUUGGCCAAAUUACUUUAAUUUGGGAAUAUCCUGAAACAAAAUACACGUUCUUGAAAAAUGUUAAUCUCUAUUAUGGAAAAACUUUUUUGAUAUAAUUUUCUAAUUAUUUUCUUUUGAGAUAUUAAAAUUUACUGGUUGGUUGGCAUGGUUAUAGUUUUUAUUGUCUUCUUUUUUUUUUCCCCGUAAGUUUAAUUGUUGACCUUACAAAAGAUGUUUUAUUCUGAUCACUAAGAUAUACACAAAUACGUAAACAAACACAUAUUCUUUCAAAGGUCUGAGUCUUUUUUUUUUUUGGUUAACAUUUUUAGUUAGAACUUUGAAAGCGGUAAUUAGAGAUUUUUAAGUCAGUCUAAUUUAGGAGCUAUACUAACCUAAUACCAAGAAGCUUGUCUGUAUGACAUUGGUUUUUAUGCUUUUAUCUUUUGAAGGAGUAAAUCCUAGGAUUUUAGAGAUGGAAGAUAUUUGGAGAACACUUUUUUCCGUCUCUGCAGUUUAGGGGUAAUGAAACAGGUCCAGGGAGAACUCAAUGACUUACUUAGGGUAACAAAGCUAUUUAUGGCAGAGCAGAGACCAGCACUCAGUUUUUCUUUGUGUAAUUUCCCUCCCUCUAUUUGAUAGAAGUAAAUAUCCACCAAAAUAUUCUCUAGAUUUAAAUAUUAGAAGCAUUUGUUUCGUAAAAUUGCCUUUAAAGAUUGUUAGGUUGUGAAAUCAGAAUAAUUAUAUAAAUUACCCCAUUCUCUCUCUCUUUUUGUUCCAGCAAAAUAGAUAAGGUAUUCCAUUGAAGCUAUUAUAUAUUUUGGCUGUGUGAUUUAAAGACAUGUCUUAAUUCAUUUUAAAUGUCCUGUUCUGGAAAAAAUUUCUUUCACAGUAAAAAUCAGAAUGAACAAAAUUAAAAUUUUAUGUUUUUUAUAGGUAUUGUUAUUUUAGUAUUCGUGGAAAAAAAACCUCAAUUCUUAAAGCAUACAUAUUAAAUUUAUAUUAAAUCUCUAAUAUGUAUGUUACUUAAGAAUUUCUAUUUUUGCUGGGGCUUUGUUGAGAAAAGAUUUUUAAGCCAAGGUUUAGAAUGGAGUGGGUGGAAUUUCAGCAGUGAAGGGGACCAUGGAUGUUUGAAGCCAGAGUGAGAAGCUGGAAAAAAGAGGGAUGGGAAAAAGUGGAUUGAAUGUAUAAGCACAAAUGCAGUGGUGGCCAGUAAUUUUAAGUGAAUGUAGAGAGAGUCAGUUUGGGUUGUGGUAUCCUGGACUAGGAAGGACAUCUCCCUGGACUAGGUAGGGCAGCUGCUGUUUAGCUCCAGCAGAAUUUCACAUGCGGGAAUAAACCAGAAAUCUGCAUUUUUAAUGCAGAAUUUUCCAAUUUAAAAAUGUUUGCAAAUAACACAAAAUGCUUUUAAAACAUUAUACAGACAACAUGUGAGUGGGCCUCAUUGAGCCAUUGGGCUUCCAGUUUGUGGCUUUUGGAGUAGAGCAAUGGUUUUCCAAGUAUGGGUCCUGAUCUGCUGCAUCAGCAUCACUUGAGAGCUUGUUAAAAAUAUAAAUCCAAUUUCAACUGAAUUAGAAACCCUGGGGGUGGGGUCAGCAGUCUCUUUUAAUAAACCCUCUAGAGAUUCUGAUGCAUGCUAAAGUUUGAGAACCAGUGAAACAGAGUAUUUUGGAACCUCGCUUGGUGCCCAAAUCAUGCUAGUCUCAAAAUUUUUGUUAAAGAGUAGUUCAAAGUGAACUGAGGGAUAUAAAUUUGGGUGAUAGUUGGUACCAGAUUAUGAAUUACAUUAAAUAUAAUUUUUUUUUUUUUUUUUUUUUUGAGAUAGAGUCUUGCUUUGUCACGUAGGUUGGAGUGCAGUGGCACGAUCUUGGCUCACUGCAAUCUCCGUCUCCCAAGUUCAAGCGAUUCUCCUCCCUCAGCUUCCCAAGUAGCUGGGACUACAGGCGCCCCACUAUGCGCGGCUAAUUUUUUUGUGUUUUUAGUAGAGACAGGGUUUCACAGUGUCAGCCAGGGUAUUCUGGAUCUCCUGACCUCGUGAUCUGCCCGCCUCCCAAAGUGCUGGGAUUACAGGCAUGAGCUACCAUGCCCAGCCUAAAUACUAUUUUUAAUGAGUCAGACUUAAUGUACAAUGGGAAGCCAUUGAAUGCUUUGAAUUAGGGGGGUAAUUUCAUUAUAGUUGUGAUUUAGGAGGAGUGGCAUUUAGGGACAGGCAUUGUAUUGAGAAGAACUUAAAUCAGAAAUUUAAGUUAUGGCUAUAGAAAUAGAAAAAAAUGAACUCUUUAAGGUACUAUUUUAGUAUGUUGACUGCUUAAUUUCAUUGGUUGGAUUAAAAAGAGUGUUUUAUAGCUGGUAGAGUUAACUUUUUCAAUUAUAAAGAUGCCCUGAAUAUAUAAUAUAUUAUAUCCUUUUGACAUUGUUACCUUUUCUCUUUAAUCUGUGCUAUGACUUUUCUUUGAGUCUAAUCAAUCUUGUAAUUCUUAAUUUGAGGUAAUGUUUCCCAGUAUAAUUCUACUAAAUACAUCUUGGCAGUAGUAAGCUUUAUUUUUUUAAAUUAUUGAAAGCGCAUAUAUGAGAUGUAAUUCACUUUACAGUUUCAGCAUGCUACUAAGAAUUGAUAAUGAAUGUUCAAUUUGAAUGUUGGCUUUUACAGCAAAUCAGAGUUUUCCCAAGUGUGUUCUGUGGAACGUUAAUUCUGUGAGAUGUUUCUAGAAAAGAGAUCUGUGUUCAAAAAAGAUUUUUUGUUUUGGUGGUUAGGUUCUAAAAUAAUUGUGGAAGGAAAAAAUUAUGUAUAUACAAGGUAGCCCUUGAAAAUUCCUUUGCUGCCCAUAAAGUAGCAUAAACAUAGUCUGCUACAGUCGUAUUUUUCUCCAGCAUUGUUUAAGAUUGCUUUUUCUUUAGUGUGUUAGGUGACACAAUUCAUUAGCAUUUAGGGGCUGUGUAUACAAUAAGAAACUUAUUUUAACGUAUUUUUAAACACCAGAAUCACACUCUGAGUUUACUGCAGCAACUUUUCCAAGUCAAUCUUGUUUUUCUCCAAGUCAAUCUUGCUUUUAAUUUGCAAAAGUCUAAAUGCAUAUAAUUCUGCUCAUUGUCUACCUCCUCCUGUACAACCAUGAUUAACAUAGUAUAGCUUAUGAGAAUUCCUGAAUAAAGAAAAUUAUUUAUUUGACCAUAGAAUCCUUUUUGGAGGCUGUUUAUUAUCUUACAGAGUAUCUUAGGGUAAUUUGGAACCAAACCUUUUUUUUCUUCUUUUUUAUAUUGAGACUUUUUUGAGUUUGGGGACUGCUUACCAACUAACAUUAGCAGUUUUUGUUGAGGACAAGUUUCAUUAAGGAGAAUAUAUAGGGGCAAGUUUGCUAGUACAAUGGAAUAUACACUUGGCUCUCUAUCUGCAGGUUUCACAUCUGCACAUUGAACCACUGUGGAUUGAAAAUAUUGAGGCAAAAAAAUAAAUAACAAUACAACAAUAAAAGUAAUACGAAAUUUAAAAAUACAGUAUAACUGAGGUAGGAGUUGGGCUAAGCCCCAGUUUUGGGGCUCACUUGUCCUAUAUCCUAACAACUAUUUACAUAGUAGUUACAUUUGUUUUAGGCAUUGUAAGUAAUCUAGAGGUGAUUUAAAGUAUAUGGAAGGAUGUGUGUAAAUUGUAUGUGAAUACAAACAUUUUAUAUAAGGGACUUGAGUAUCUGUGGAUCUUGAUGGGGAAGGGGGUGUCCUGAAACCAAUCCCCCUUGGAUACUGAGGGAUGACUAUACACUUAAGCCACCAAACAUCCUGCAUACCAUAGACAAUUGUUUGGGGGCCAUGAGUUUUCAUUACAAAAUGUAAUGCUGGGAGAACAUAGAGAAGAGUGAUUUUGUUUUUUAAAUGUAGACUUGAUUCUGUAGAAAUAUACUACAUUUGAGAAAUAUACUAAGUAAAUAGAUUAUUUCAUCCAAUACAUUAGUAAUUUAGAUAGUGGAUAGCCACUUUCCUAUCUUUCUCUUAUCCAUAUGAAUGUAAAUGGAUAUGUUGUUACAACUUAUGAUUUUCUAAACUAGCUGUGAUUUAUAAUGACAUCCUGAGAAAAGUCAAUGAAACUCAUUUCCAAUGAAUACCAGAUUUCUUAAAAUAGUCAAGUAUUUUUCUUUUUUGUAUGAUGAGAUAUCAACUUGGUGUUAUUUCGUUUUAUUUUUUAAGGAGUCACUCUACCCUGUUCUAUGUUUACUUAUGUGAAAAUGUUUAAAAUAUGAAUUUUUUUUUUAAUGUGCCUUCUUUUAGAGUAAUGUCAACUUUUAAAUACACAUGUUUAAAUAACUUAGAGUGUAAUAAAUUGUGUUUAAUAUAUACUGUAGAUAAUGAUGGUUAAAUGCUUUGUUAACACAUGUUCUUUUAAAUACAAGAUAAUGCUUUGUACUGA